AUGGAUCAGUCUUUCUUGCAGGCGACUCAUUGCAACAAGUCGACUCCCACGUUGACCUCGGGAGAGAAGUAAACAUGUCGAAUGAUCGGAGUGUAGAAAUCGGAAGACGCAGGAAAGCCGGUUGGGCUGCCUUCAACAACAUUCGAAAGGUCACGAGCCAACUGAAAGAUCCCCAAUUACGCGCUCAAAUCUUCGAAGCCUCUGUCAUACCAGCCUUAACCUACGCGUCCGAAGUUUGGCCAGAUACCAAGGGGACAGUCACCGCCCUGCGUACCAGCUAG